UAACAAAGUCGUUUCGUAUAAUAUCGUCAGACACCCACAUUGUUAAGAUUCCCACAUUGUACUUUCGCUAUCAAGAGCAUAAGAUACACUGAUAACAUACUUUCACAAGUAUCUAAGAAAGCCGAUGUUCACUAACACUAACAUUUCGUUGUUAGUUACGGUUACAUCCAAAAGUAAUUUUAUCGAUCCGUUAAAAUGUCCGUGAACAUAGCCUAUUCACUAUUUGUCUUCAGUAGCUGUUAUCAUGUUCUUAAUGCAAUUAAAUUUUCUAGAGUGGUGUUGUGUAAUUUUACCUAAUUAAAUUAAUUAUUUAGGGUUUUUUGGAAAAAGUGGCUGUAUUUUAAUAGUGUAGUGUAAUACCACAAACUUGUUUCGUGAUAACCGAUACAUCAAGAUGCUUCGUUUUUUAAUUGUAUGCCUGAUGUGUCCAAUUGCUUUAAGCCAAGACUUGGUCGCGUUGUUUGAGCCUGAAGAAAUAACAGUACUAAUGAAUGAGUACGACUACGUGGAUUUUAAUAUUACAGGUGAAACUUUCCAAAAGGACGAUGAUAUUGUGGGUGUAUCCAGUCACACACAGCUGAUGACAGUUGAGUGGAAUUCCACUUACCGGCUGACGCAAGAAAAUGUUGAUAGCGGCUUUUUUCAAGGACGGUUUCGAAUAAAUGCUCUUUUUCUUGGAAGGGCAGACCUUUCAUUGGAAGUAAGACGUGGUAUCACCCGAAUUCCUGUGAAUGGAACUUUGCCGGUGACACUCCUUCGUCCACAAAGACCUAUUGAUCAAGCUUUUACCAUCAGCGUUGCGCUUUUUGUAUCGCUAAUAUUUAUAAACUUUGGGUGCGCCAUGCACUGGCCAACUGUAAAGGAGGUCAUAAAAAGACCGCUCGGCCCUGCCAUUGGCAUGUGUGGACAAUUUUUAUUUAUGCCUCUCAUAUCAUUCGGUCUCGGUUUUGUUCUAUUUCCGGAUAUGCCCGCAAUGCGUUUAGGUAUGUUUUUCACCGGAGUAUCGCCAGGGGGCGGUGCCUCAAACAUUUGGACGUUCAUUUUGGGCGGAAACCUUAAUCUAUCUCUGGCUAUGACUUCUAUAUCAACGCUAGCUUCUUUUGGUCUAAUGCCUGCUUGGAUAUUUUCACUUGGCCAAGUGGUAUUCAGCGAUGCCAACAUCGUCAUACCAUAUGCUCGUAUAGCAUAUUUCGUUGUGGGUCUCCUGGUACCCCUGGCUAUUGGGCUUGCUAUGCAGAAACUUACCCCACGAAUUGCUGGCUUCAUGGUGAAGAUAUUAAAGGGAUUCUCAACAACAUUACUGCUAUUUAUCAUUAUUUUUGCGAUCGUAACCAAUUUGUACAUUUUUGAAUUGUUUACGUGGAACAUAAUAGUAGCUGGUAUGGGAAUACCAUGGCUAGGAUAUCUGAGCGGAUAUGUUGUUGCUCGCUUACUCAGACAGCCUCACACAGAUGCUAUAGCAAUAUCAAUGGAAACAGGUGUCCAAAAUAUGGGAAUCGCUGUUUUCCUACUUCGAUACGCUUUGCCUCAACCCGAGGCCGAUCUUACUACUGUUGUACCAGUGUCGGUGGCCAUCAUGACACCAAUUCCAAUGACCGCCAUCUUUAUUUAUCAAAGAAUAAGGGGAUGUUUCCGAAAUCGAGGCAAAAAUAAAAAUAUUGAACCCUUAGAAGAACCUGCAAUUCAAGAAAUAGAAUUCCAAAAGAACACAGAGACUAAACAAGACGCUUAAAUUUUAUAUUUGUAAAUUAUAAUUAAGAUUUUUAAAUUGUAAAUAUAGAUAUUUACAGGACAAGCCAAACACCACAACAAUAGUCCACCGGAAAAAUGAAUAAAUAUGGUUACAACCAUGAUUAAAUAAGCAAAAUGUAAACCCAAAAUCUGAAACUGCAGUA